AAGUGUCCAAUGUGCCUCAUGAUCACGCAAGAUCAGUCUGUUGCUGGAGCUAAGGAUGGAUUGUUGGUCAUAGAACAGGUAUGAAGUGCCUUCCGGCAUCCAAGCUGCCCCAAGCCAACGGAGUGGUCAUUCAUGACUGGCACGCCGAGAUACUUGCUAUACGAGCCUUCAACCGGUUCAUCCUCGAAGAGUGUAAGCGCCUCGCUCUUCAGGGGGAUGGUGCCUCGCAAUCCGAGUUCAUCUACCGAAGGACAACAGCCCAACAUGAAAACCAAGGACAGCAAGGAACAGCAGAAGUAUGGCAAGGACAACCGUUCGCCUGGAGGGAAGAUGUGAGCUUACACAUGUACUGCUCCGAAGCGCCUUGCGGGGACGCAAGCAUGGAACUAAUCAUGGCCGCCCAAGACGACGCCUCGCCCUGGGAAGUCCCACCCCCAACACCAGGGGACCUGCCAACCCAAGCACAAGCACCAACCCCAGCAUCAGCAGACAACACCUCUCUCCCCGGCCGCGCCUACUUCUCCCAACUCGGCAUCGUACGCCGCAAGCCCUCACGCGGCGACGCCCCUCCCAGCUUAUCCAAGUCCUGCUCCGACAAACUUGCCCUUAAACAAGUCACCUCGCUUCUGUCCUCUCUCACCAGCGCUUUGGUCUCGCCUGCGAACGCAUACCUGUCCAGCGUCAUCUUGCCCGCGUCUCAGUGUUCUGCCGUGGCUUGUAGUCGCUGUUUCUCUUCCUCAUCUGCUGAUGGGGGGCGGAUGGCACCCUUACUGGACGCGAGCGUGAGCGCGAAGCUGGAGGGUGCAGGAUAUGUCUUUCGGGAGUUUAGGGUUGAGACGACGAAGAUGGAGUUUGCAUUUUCUAGGAGGGCUAUACCCCCUCCAAAUAAUUCCUCCUCAACAGAUAUGACGGACAUGGCAGACGUCAAGGACACAAAGCCAAAGAAGCUCAUAGCUAGCAACCUCGCGACAUCAUGGACGCUCAACGGCCCGCGCGAUGGGGAGGGUUUGGUGGGUGGCGUGUUGCAGGGCCGGAAGCAGUUUGAUCUACGGGGAGCGAGUCUGGUCUCUCGGCGGAAGAUGUGGACUUUGGCGAGGGAGGUUUGUUCGAUGAUGGCGCUCGAUGAUGAUGAUGGCGAGAUCAAGCGAGUCCUGGGAAGUACGGACCUUGUUUAUGAUGAGAUCAAGGAAGGAAGUAGCUUGCUUGAGGGGAGACGGAGGGCAAAGGAGGAGACGAAAAGGGUGGCGUUGAAAGGGUGGGUGAAGAAUACUGGGGGUGGAAGCUUCACACUUGAGUAAAUCAAAGGAGUGUUGAGGAAUGAUUCAGAGAAGGAUUGCUGG